CCAAGUGAGCACAAGACCUUCAUCUGUUCCGAUAUGCCGAAUUCAAGCAGCUCCACAUCUUCCACAAAGAGCAUCCGGAGAGCUGCGUCUGAACUCGAGCGCUCCGAUUCCAUUACGUCUCAGAAGUUUGUGGGAAGGCGACAGAGUUUGAUCGAGGAUGCGCGCAAGGAGCGCGAGGCGGCGGCCGCGGCGGCGGAGGCUGCGGGACUCAGCGAGCAGAUCGUGUUUGAGGAGAGCGAUGGAAAAGCCUUGCUCAGUCUCUUCUUCUCUCUGAGGAGUUCAAAGAGUCCAGCGCUGUCCCGCACUCUUAAGGUUUUUGAGCGCACAGGGUUUCAGCUGCGUCCGGUGGCAGGUCUACUCUCUGCUCGGGAUUUUCUGGCCAGCCUGGCGUUCCGUGUGUUCCAGUGCACACAAUACAUACGGCACGCUUCCUCCCCCAUGCACUCGCCUGAGCCGGAUUGUGUCCAUGAACUUCUUGGACAUGUACCGAUAUUGGCUGACAGAACAUUUGCACAGUUUUCUCAGAGUAUUGGUCUGGCCUCUCUUGGAGCUUCUGAUAAAGAUAUCGAGAAACUGUCAACACUGUACUGGUUCACAGUGGAGUUUGGACUGUGUAAGCAGGCAGGGACGGUCAAAGCAUAUGGAGCAGGACUGCUCUCGUCUUAUGGCGAGCUGGUGCAUUCUCUCUCAGAUGAGCCAGAGCGACGGGAAUUUAACCCGGACACUGUAGCUGUUCAGCCGUACCAGGAUCAGACUUACCAGCCCGUCUAUUUUGUGUCUGAAAGCUUCUCAGAUGCUACAGAGAAACUGAGAGCAUAUGUGACCCACAUCAAGAGACCAUUUUCUGUGCGGUUUGACCCUUACACAGACAGCAUAGAAGUGCUGGAUAACCCACUGAAGAUCCAGCAGGGGCUGGAGACCAUUAAAGAUGAACUGAAGAUUCUCACGGAUGCCCUGAAUGUGUUGGCUUGAUUCUGUCGCGAGGAGCCAAUCAGUUGUCCUGUUCCUCUCUGCUUCAUAUGUGACAGUCUCAUCGUUAUGCUGUGCGUUUAUGUCUACAUCUGCUGCUACAGACGUUGUUGCUUUUAAAACGCUGAAUACCAACCUCAAAACCUCAAG